AUGGGUUUCGCCUCGAAGAUUGCCGCAGCCCAGAGUUCGAGCCAGCCACCGAACCAGAGCAUGGCUAGUAACCAAGGCACCUACGGAGGUGCACCUCCAUCGGGGUAUACAGGAGGCCCGCCUGCAGCUUUGCGGCCUGGUGGAUACGUAAGUGAUCAUCAGCUGCGCGCGUGGGUGCGCGACGUCAUUUGGAUUGGAGGAGAAAAGAGAGAAAAGGAAAAGAGAACUGACAAAGAACUUUUGAAUAGCAACAGCAACCAUCAGCGUCACCGCAGCCGCAAUACCAGGCUUACCCGGGAUCCCCUCCUCCAAACCAGGGAUCGGUAA